ACCUGGGGGUUCACCGGCCACUACAAGGACUACUCAAACCCGGGUAUUAUCAACGAGUUCGCCACCGCAGCCUUCAGAUGGCAUUCGUUGAUUCAGAGUUUUUACCACCUGAUAAACUCAGAGGGAGAGUACACAUCGCACCCACAGCUCAGGGAUAUACUCAACGAUCCGACGCCUCUUUAUAAACCGGGUGUUGUCGAUGAGGUCUUAUACGGCACAGUAGUCCAGCCCUCGCAGAAAUUUGAUGGCAUUGUCACUGAAGAGAUUAAGCACCAUUUGUUUCGGGCGCCAAAAGCCAAGUUUGGCGGCGAUUUAAUCGCCACAAACAUACAGAGGGGUCGAGACCACGGACUCCCGCCCUAUAAUAAGGUGCGAGAGGUGUGCGGUUUGGGACGCAUCAAGACCUUUGACGACUUGAACCGAGCGUUUGGUCCGGGAAUGGGUCCACAAUUCGCCCGAUUGUACAAAAGCGUCGACGAUAUUGACCUGUUUUUGGCCGGCAUUCACGAGCGCACGGCUUCCGAGGGUAUUCUCGGACCGGUGUUCGCCUGUAUUGUCGCCGAACAGUUCAAACGGACUAAAGAGGGCGAUCGGUUUUGGUUCGAGAAUAUUGGUUUAAGCCAUUCGUUUACUGACGUUAGACUUUUGAAUCAAUCGAUUGAAGGAUUGCUCCGAAAUAUCGCAAAUGAAUUUAAAUCACUGGAAAAA